CAAUUCUGUUGUUAGAGACUUUACACCAACAAAACUGCUGGGGCAACUCUUUGUUCUUCUUCCUUUAGCAAUGAGUUUUGAGCCAAACACCUCUCUCAAUCUGAAUUAUUUUCCAAACAAUGAGUCCAAUCUAAACCUUGUACUCGACCCCUCAUCAUCUUCUUCGUCAUCAUCUCCCCGUAGUCUUGCCGAACCACGAGUGUUCUCCUGUAACUAUUGCCGGAGGAAGUUUUACAGUUCACAAGCACUUGGAGGACAUCAAAACGCUCACAAGCUCGAAAGAACCUUAGCAAAGAAGAGCAGAGAGCUGAGCUCAGCUGUGAGACCUCAUGCAGGGUGGAACCAGCCCUCUGCGCCUGGUUCAAAUGGCUUGAGCCAUGCUCGGCUUGAGCAGCCACCGGGCAUCGGACUUGAACAUCGUGGGCAUGCUGGAAGGUUUACGAGUGAUCUGAUUUAUGGAAGGAGAGAUUUGAAUUAUGGUUCCAGAGAAGAUGGUCAUUGGGUUGAUGGUUACAAGCCUGAGAGUGUUCAAGAGGAGUUCAGCCAGCUUGACUUGUCCCUUAGGCUUUGAGUCACAUUACAGCUUGAAAUGUAAUUUCAUUUUCCUUUUUUGUUUUUGGGGUUAACUAUGAAUGAGUUCUAUGCGCUAAGAGUAUUUGAAUUAAAAUUGAAGAGGC